CAUCUCAACACCUACGAUCUCCUCUUCAUAAGUGUCUUUGUGGAACACGGUGAGCUGUGUCUACUCACCUCUCCAGCCAAUUCUUUCCACUUCACCCACGUUACAAUGUCCUCUCCUGCCGAAGUUCGUAUCGGCUAUGUGCCUGAACACUACCUCCUCCCGCUUCACCUCUGCACGAAACACAACCUAUUUCCGUCCUCGAUUAAAAUCACAUUAGUCCCCUUCCCCUCAGGCACCGGCCAUAUGAUAACAUCACUACGGUCCAACGAGAUUGAUUUGGCUAUUGGUCUGACAGAAGGCUGGGUCGCAGGCCUACUGAACCCCGACAAUUACAACAAGUCUGCCGCAGAAAAAGGGUAUUCAAUAGUCGGAUCGUGGGUUUCUACAUCCCUCCGUUGGGCAGUUGUUACGGGUCGGAACCGAGACGAUAUCAACAGCAUCGAUGACCUUAAGCAACACCGCCGUGUCGGCGUCAGCAGGCUCGGAAGUGGUAGUCACGUCAUGGCAUUUGUUCUGGCACAACAAGAGGGCUGGCUGCGUCAAACGAAAGAUCAAAAGUCAGAAGGUCUCACAAUCGUGCCUUUAGGGCCGUUCAAAGACCUGCGAGACGGUGUCACCAGUUCUACGGCCGACUUCUUCAUGUGGGAGCAUUUCACGACGAAGCCAUACUUUCACGGAGAAGAUACCCCUUUGAAGAAGAUUGGAGAGAUAUACACACCCUGGCCGAGCUGGCAUAUUGCUGCCUCGAGGUCGACGUUUCCGGAACCAGCUUCUGAUGAUACAUUGAAACAGAUAUUUGAGGCUUUUGACAAAGGAGUUAAGAGUUUUGCUGCUGACACGGAUUCCGCGAUUAAGAUGUUGGGCACGGGAGAGGCUCAUUGUCAUUAUUCUGAGGAGGAUGGCCGAGAAUGGUUGAAGGACGUCAAGUUCGUCGAGGGUACGAGAGGUGUUGACGCCGGAGUGAUGAGUGGUGUAGUUGACGUCUUGAAAACUGCCAAUGUCAUUGGUGGUGACGUCGUUAUCAAAGAUGGCGAUGGAGUGGUGGGCAUAGCGAGGUGAGUGAAGCAGAGAGUGAGCCUAGAAAAGACGCAUUGCGUAUGCAAGAUUUGCGUCAUGUGUUGCAACUUGAGACGGAAGCCCAUUUCUUCAUUAUGAAGCUGCAUGAUUACGAUCUUGACAAAAGUGGGUGUGACUGUUAGAUGAGAAAAGUCACCUCGUGUUAGUCAGCAUUUCCGCAGGACUGGGAUUAGCGUGGAUCGUGAAAAAGCAACAGUGCACGUCCAAAAAUGCCUUCGCUAUCAUCACUGUCUUGCCUGUCAGUUAGGCCGCGAGUGGCCGCGGCGGAGGUUGGCUCGAGGUUGAGUCCUCAAGGCUGGAAUCAGCGGAAACUUCCAGGCCUGGCGAGGCUCCCUAGGCGGGUACCCUAGGCUCUGGGGAUAGGCUCACCCGGCUCAUGGAGGCUUGGGGCUUUAACUAGAA